AUGAGUCAGCUCCCAGCGACAAAAGUGUCCAGGUUGCUUCUGGGGCAACUUGGCCCUCGUUUCUUGUCAAACUCAGCAGGGUUUUCCAGGCCUGCAACUACAGGCAAGAGCUCAACCAUAUUUGCUUUUCCUGGGGUCCGACAUUGGAGUGCUUCAGCACCGUCUGGUGUGCCAGCAGAAGAGGAGAAACCAAAGGCAGCAGCAAAUUCAUUUACUACAGAAGAUGGCAAGGCCAUAGUGAGCUAUUGGAGUGUGGCUCCCCCUAAGAUCACGAAUGAGGAUGGCACAGCUUGGAAGUGGAACUGCUUCAGACCAUGGGAGUCCUACGUACCUGACACCUCAAUUGAUGUGAAAAAGCGUCAUAAGCCUGCUACAACCAUGGAUAAAUUUGCAUACUGGACUGUCCAAGUUGCCAAAUAUCCCACCUACUUAUUCUUCCAGAGGCGGCAUAUGUGCCAUGCCAUGCUCCUAGAGACAGUAGCUGCUGUUCCAGGAAUGGUUGGAGGGAUGCUCUUGCAUUGCAAAUCGCUACGGCGUUUCGAGCAAAGUGGUGGCUGGAUAAAAGCUCUAUUAGAAGAAGCUGAAAACGAGCGGAUGCAUCUUAUGACCUUCAUCGAACUAGCUAAGCCCCAGUGGUACGAACGUGCCCUUGUGUUUGCUGUCCAAGGUGUCUUCUUCAAUGCUUAUUUUCUGGCAUAUUUAGCCUCUCCAAAGCUUGCACAUCGCAUAGUAGGGUACUUGGAAGAGGAGGCAGUGAACUCCUACUCGGAGUUCCUCCAGGACUUGGACAGUGGUAAUUUCGAGAACGUGCCUGCCCCUGCCAUUGCCAUCGACUACUGGCGCUUGCCCCCCAACUCCACACUUCGUGAUGUUGUGGCUGUUAUAAGAGCUGAUGAAGCACAUCACCGUGACCUUAACCACUAUGCAUCGGACAUUCAAUGUCAAGGACAUGAGUUGAAGGAUACACCUGCUCCUAUUGGGUAUCAUUAA